AUGAAAUUCUCACCAUUUCUCCUCCUCGGUUUCCUGUCCUUAGGGCAUGCUUUGCCGGCAGCAACAAAACCCGCAGCUUUCUUCUUAGCUGGUGAUUCAACAACAGCAGUUGAAGGUGGAUGGGGAGAUGGAUUCCUAAAACUUCUGGCAAAUGGCGCGAAAGGUACAAAUUUUGCCAAAAGUGGAAGGACGACUGUGAGCUUCGUCUCUGGGGGAUUUUGGGACCAGGUUAUUGCUGCCGUGAAGGCAAAUACGGCAUCCUUCACACCACGUGUGACGAUCCAGGUAGGUUUCAAAAUUCGAGACUUUAAUGAGAAAAGCUAAAUCAAAACCAGUUUGGACACAACGAUCAAAAGACAACUGCCAAUAUCAGCAUCGACCAAUUCAAAGCAAAUCUCAAGAAGAUGGUAGAACAAGUAAGAAGCGCAGGAGGAAUCCCUAUCCUCGUAACCUCUCUUACUCGUCGAACUUUCGAAAAGUCGACCGGCAAAGUUAAAGAGGAUCUAGCACCACAAGCUAAAGCGACAUUGGAAGUUGCGAGCGAAACCAAUGCUCAAUUCAUCGACCUGAACAAGGCUUCCACUGCAUAUAUCAAUGCCAUUGGUCAGAGUAAUGCGGAUCUGUAUAAUCUGGAUAAUUUGCCUGGAGGGGAUCGAACUCAUUUGAAUCCCUCUGGGGAGAAGCUGUUUGGGACCAUGGUUGCGGAGCUGAUUGGACAGAGUCCGGUGUUGGAAUUAGGUGCUCAGACGAAGGGGUUUCUGGCUCCUAAUGCGACCAUCAUUGCCGCUAUUGAUGCUGGAAAAUUCAUUUUACCAUGA